UCAACAGUAACUUCCGCCUAUUCCCAUUCUCAAUUUCCCUCCUCUCCUCCUCCAUCCUCGACCUUACUCAACUUCGUAACACCCUUUCUUCUUCUUCUUCCUGUUUCUAUCUCUCACUCUCUCUGUUAUAGAAAAUAAUACCUUAACCCUUACGAAGCUCAGUAAUCCCUCCUAUAUUUCAAUUUCUCUCACGCUCUUCUCUUCGUCUUCUUCGGUUGUGCCCUCACCCAAGCUCUCAAUGGAACCAAAGCUGUUGCUUUCUUCAACCACAGCCUUACCAGCCACUUCCUUACCCUGUUUUCUUUCAUACAAGUCUCCUUUUCAUUUAAGAUCGAAACAGUCUGUGAAAACCCAUCUCCCAAUCUCAAGGAUACAGCCGGAAAAAUCAAACUUUUGGGGAAAUAGUUUGGUUUUACCUGAGAGAGAUGUUAUUUUGGGUGAUUUGAGACAUGUCCCAGUUGGACCGAUACGUGCUGCUGUGAAGAGAAGGAAAGAACUUCCUUUCGACAAUGUGAUCCAAAGGGAUAAGAAGUUGAAGUUAGUUUUGAAGAUUAGAAAAAUUUUAGUGGGCCAACCUGAUAGAAUUAUGUCACUUAGGGAAUUAGGUAGGUAUAGAAGAGAACUGGGUCUGCAGAAAAAGAGGCGGUUUAUUGCAUUACUGAAGAAGUUCCCUGCUGUGUUUGAGAUUGUUGAAGAAGGUGUAUUUUCGUUGAAAUUUAAAUUAACGCCCGAAGCAGAAAGGCUUUAUCUUGAAGAGUUGCAGGUUCGAAAUGAGAUGGAAGACUUGCUGGUCGUGAAGUUGAGGAAAUUAUUGAUGAUGUCAUUAGAUAAACGGAUUUUGUUGGAGAAGAUUGCUCAUUUGAGGACCGAUUUAGCGCUUCCUUUAGAAUUUCGUGAUACAAUUUGUCAUCGAUACCCACAGUAUUUUAAAGUUGUUGCAACUGCGAGAGGUCCAGCAUUAGAAUUAACUCAUUGGGAUCCUGAGCUUGCUGUAUCAGCUGCUGAGUUAUCUGAAGAGGAAAAUCGUGCUAGGGAAUUAGAAGAGAAGGAUUUGAUUAUAGAUCGGCCUCUCAAGUUCAACAGACUAAAGUUACCAAGGGGUCUUAAUCUUUCCAAGGGUGAGAUGAGGAGAAUAUGUCUGUUUAGAGACAUCCCUUAUAUAUCCCCUUACUCUGAUUUCUCCGGGCUGAGGUCAGGUACAAUUGAGAAAGAGAAACAUGCUUGUGCAGUUGUCCAUGAGAUAUUGAGCCUUACUGUGGAGAAGAAAACUCUUGUAGAUCACCUUACUCAUUUCCGCGAGGAGUUUAGGUUCUCUCAACAGGUCAGGGGAAUGCUGAUAAGGCACCCUGAUAUGUUUUAUGUCUCGUUGAAAGGAGAUAGGGAUUCAGUUUUCCUUAGAGAAGCAUAUCGUGACUCUCAAUUGAUAGACAAGGAUCGUCUGCUGAUUAUAAAAGAGAAGCUUCGAUCUAUUAUUGCAGUUCCACGGUAUCCUAGAAGGGGUGCUCCCAAUAGAGAGGCAGAUGGUGCUGAAGGAACCAAUGAGGCACAAGAUGGAACUGUUGAUGAGGGAGAGGAAUGGUCUGAUACUGAUAACUUUAUGAGUGAUGAAGAUGAUGAUGAUGAUGAUGAUGUAGAUGAUUGGAGUGAUGAAGAUGAAGAUACGCCCCCAGAUUUCAACGAAGAUGGGAAAACAUUAAACAAUGAACCGAGCAAACCAAUUAAUCAAGAAGGCUAUUUAACAGAGAAUGAUGAGAGGGUGCUUGUUCCAGUCUUGCCAGAUGGUCGGCCAAGAGAGCGCUGGUAAAUUGACAUAUCUGAUCUGGCCCAAAGAUAUUCACUGAGAGUGCUCGUUACAUUCUUUUGGCUCGAACUAUUUGUGUUUGUUUUACUUGAAGGGGAAUUCAACAUAGUAUCUCCAAAGCUCUGCAACCUGCUUUAGGUGCAAAGCCUAUAUCCUUUUCUCAUCCUUGAGGUUCAGAAAAGUGUUUCUUGGAAUACAAAGGCAUCCGCAUAAUGUCCUGUAUUCCUUUUGCCUUAUGUAAUAGAAUUAGAUUAUUGUGUACUCUUAAUUAAGUUAACUGAAAAUUUUGGGGGAAUGUAAAGUUGCAGCCAGUUUUAAAUUGUUUCUUAUCUUUUUGUGAUAUAAUGAUCAAUACCCUCUGGAAUUGGUCAACAGAAAUUUUCUAGAUUAUGUUUUAAUCUUAUAAUUAAGUCAUCUACUGUUUCAGUUC